AUGCCCAAGCAGGCCGGGCGGUCUGCCGGCACCGCCCUCGCGCUGAUCGCCGCGGCGUUCGCGCCCAGAACGGGCCUCGGCAUCCAGCCGGCUGCCAAGGGGCACUUCCUGACGAGUCGGGAGCCCAGGAACAUCACCUCCGUCGUCGACUGCCUCAAGGCGAAGCAGGAGGACCCCACCGUCGAGUGCAGCGAGUCCGCGAACACGAGCGAGUUCACCGGGAAGCUCAGCGCUGGCAACUUCCCGGACUACGAGGACGCCGUCUGCAAGUCCGUCAAUGACGAGUUCUUCUGCGACUUCGAUGGCCUCCUCAGCGAGAAGGAGCGACAGGUCCUGGCGUGGGAGCUCAAGAAGAUGCGGAACGACAACCUGGUCCCCUGCGGGCGGCUGCUGCACGACAAGGUCGACCCUUGGCACCUGCAGCCCUUCUAUCUGGGCGUCGUGGUGCUGGCGGACUGGCCCCUGAAACAGGCGGACCCCGAGUCCCUCCAGCAGUUCGGGCAGGUCGUCGCGUCGCAGUGGAACAUGGACAAGACGUACGCUGGGAACCCUCCCGGGCGCCUCACGUGCCCGAACACCGGCGUGCUGCUCGUGCUCCCGAGCCUGCGGCAGGCGUACCUCAGCACGGCCAGCUGCGAGUUCAUCUGCCAGGCGCACAGGCCCCGGCGGCGAGGUCGUCACGGCCACGGUGAAGGGCUGGAGCUGGGACUCGAGGCUGGACGGCGUGCUCGCGGGCGUGCGGACGACCUACCAGUUCUUGGGCGGGCUGACCCCCAGCGGAGCGAACACCAGCACGGCCUCGGAGCUGGCAGCACAGGUGCGCGCGGCGUCCGCCGCCUUCGAGUCCAAGUCCUCCGUGUCGGAGGGGGUGGUGACCAACACCUUGCAGCAGGCCGUCUUCGGCCUGGUAGUGGUCAUCCUCGUUGUCAGCCUGGCAAUUGGCCUGCUGUUCCUGCUGCUGGGGCCCGGCUUCCUCUCCAGCGGCAGGAAGAUCUGAGGCGCGAGCGCUCGAGAGAGCUGCGCUGA